CUUCCACUAGAGACACCAGACUGAAAGAUCACCGCACCAGCUUUGUCUGUCCAUAUUAUUAUGCAGUAACUUAUAUAAACAUGGCGGUUUGUCAGCAUGCAUCAUCGCGAUAUGAUCAUCUAUAUACAGAUUUCAAGUCGUAGUUCAUCUCUUCGAAAGGGAAAAAUCGGGAUUUUAGGUUAUUAUACUAAGGCAUUAUAUAUACAUUAUAUAUUUUUAGUAUAGGUUACAAUAUAGCUUAUUUGAAACGUUAUGCAUAAAAUAUCUAAAAAGCCAAUAUCGGGCACUGAAAGAAACUGACUGAACUAACCAAGAAAAAAGCGUCAGAAAAAUAUGGGAUACAAGAUCCCAGGAGCUGCCAUGGAUCGAGUUAGCCAACUUUGGCGGUUGAGGCGCCGGGCCCGUCGAGGGGCCCUGUGCAUGGCGCUGUUCUGUAUGACUAUGGCUCUCCUUUACACCUUUUGUGCUGAAAACAGCAUACCUGUCACAGAUGCCAUUUUCGGGGUGAAGGCGAGAACUCGAGCUCAGCCAAGAACGCACACAAUUGUUAAGGUACUGCGGGGAACAGGAGGGUCAAAACCCAUGUAUUCUGACCCUCAAAAGCUUCCAGGUGUUAUUCCUGGAGAUCCUCAAAAGCCUAUUCCCAUCCUGUCGUCUUCUAACUACUCAAUGGAGAGCGGUACUAAGGAACGCAACCUCAGGGGCAAACGAAGAGAGCAUGGGUUAUUUUACUGGCUUCUAUCACAACCACUGAGGCGUGCUUUAGAGACUAUUUUUGGAGGCCGACGGAGAGGAGAUUUGGGAGCCACAAGUGUGGAUACUGUUAUUUUUGGGCCUAAUGGAGCACUCGGAAAGGUCUGGAAUGAAGAGAUGUCAAGUAGCAUGCUAGGAAAAAGGCUGAGGAAGGUGGUCCAGAAUUAUCAGGCAAUGAAUAAAUAUGGAGUUCGUUACUCUAGACCUGAGAGUGCAGCACGCCGUUCUAAACUCAGUGGCCCUGAACUUCUUUGUCAAAUCAAGAAUACGGUUCAGAUUGCAACUCUAACACCAGAUAUGGAGCCAUUUUCUGGGUUUCCUUGGGCCUCUCAGUUACCUCCACGGCAAAUUAAUGCUGAUAUCGGCCCGUUCAAGACCUGCGCAGUGGUGUCAUCUGCAGGUUCUCUCAAAAACUCUGGAUUAGGAAAGGAAAUAGAUGAACAUGAUGCUGUAAUGCGGUUCAAUGCUGCACCAACAACAGGCUUUGAAAAAGAUGUGGGCUCUAAAACAACAGUGCGUCUGAUCAAUUCCCAGGUAAUGUCUUCUGAAGAUUACCAUUUCCUCUCCAGUAAUUUGUACAGUGCUGGGAUUUUAGUGAGCUGGGAUCCAGCCCCUUUUUCCUCUGAUUUACGGGAGUGGUUCAACAAGACAGAUUACCCUAUAUUUAAACAGUAUCAGCGAUAUCGACGCUUACACCCUCAACAGCCAUUUUAUAUUCUGCACCCACGAAUGGAAUGGCAGCUGUGGCAGCGAAUACAAGACAAUAUGGUGGAGACGAUACAAAAAAACCCACCCUCAUCAGGCUUGUUGGGCACAGUUUUAAUGAUGUCCCUGUGUGAAGUGGUACAUGUUUACGAGUUCCUGCCUUCGCGACGGAAAACCGAGCUGUGCCACUACUACCAGCGCUUCAGUGAUGCAGCCUGCACCCUAGGUGCCUACCACCCUUUACUCUACGAGAAGAACCUGGUAAAGAGGAUGAACAAGGGGUCUGACCAUGACAUUUACACUCAUGGCAAGGUCACUCUCCCUGGGUUCAUGACCUUUGACUGCACCAACAGUUCCAAUUCCAGCUCUCUGUCAAAGAAAUAAUCUGAGGGUAAAGUGUUUUACUUGGUACACUUUCAGAACGUAACAGUAAAGUGCAUAACUUAGUCUACAACUGUAACAAGUAAAGUCUGGUUUUUGAGUGAGAUCAAGAGUUGGUUCACUGGUGGAAAAUAACAACAUAACACACUAACGAUUGCUUCCUGAAGGGAACUGAAUUCACACUGACACAAAAUGCUGAAAAUAGUGGCAAGUUCUGUAUAUGUGUAAACUACUCUCCAUCAUUCGUUAACUUAUCCCAUAGUGGUAAAUUCACACUGUUUGCUGUUAACUUACAGAAAAAGAUCUCAAUGCCACUUCUCUGCCUCUCAUUUGAGAUGCAACCACUCAAAAUGACUUUCAAGCACUGGCUGACACAUUACAGCACUGAUAUCAAAAGAACUGGAAUUUACAAUCUAACAAACAUACAGAUUAUUAGACAAGAACGUAGCCAAUAUUCUGUCCAUAAACAUGUAGCGUGCAAAACUCUUGUCCAAAGCUGGCCUGCUGAUUCCAUAAUGUGCAGGUUUUCAAUUUAUGCAACGCAAUCCUAACACAUCAUCCAUGCAAUAUUGUUAAUGAUUUGCCAGCAGACACAUGCCAUUAGCAAAAUAAUGCUUUAAAUGUAUGUAUUUUAUGAAAGCUGUAUUUCAAGGCCUGGAGAUCUGUAUGCAUUCAGUAUUUACACUGUGACGCCUUUCCUCUCACAGCACUCUGUAACCAGUUGUAGGGCCGUGGAGAACGUCCUCGCAUGCUUUACUGAAAUUGCACUAUAUCAUACCUUUGGUAAACCUGUAUUUAGUUGUAUUUAUGAACUUACCGAGAAGAAAACACAGAAUGUGCAUGUUUGUCCUGUUUUAUACAGAUCUGAAUUCAGUUUAGGUUCUUAAAACAUGAAAGCUAACACCCUUAUGCAUUUCGAAGAGAAAAAGGUGUUUAUUUUUCAUAGUAUUAUUUGAUUCUGUUCAGAUGAAUCCUGAAUGAUGCGAGACAGGGUCUUUCAAUAUUCAUAUAUUAAUUAGUCUAAAGGUUAACAUGAAAUUGCUUGUAAAAUCAAACAACUUUUUGGUCAACACAAAUGGUUUGAUGUUGGCUUUACAGUAGAAUUGUGAAUCUUAAAUGUGAAUUGAGUAAAAACGUAUUAUUUUACAUUUCAACAUUUUAAAGCUUAUAUUCUCUUUCAUGUAAAUGGGUAAUUUGUAGCAUACAGCAGAUUAAUAUUAUGAAUAUAUAUAUAUAUAUAUAUAUAUAUAUAUAUAUAUAUAUAUAUAUAUAUAUAUAUAUAUAUAUAAGAGUUAUCAACUUAGCAUAGAAUGUAUUUUUGCUCUGACUACAAAUAACUGUUUGUAAUUUAUAAAACUAUGCUACUGUCCGCAAACUGGACUGCUUCAAGUAUAAUUCAUCAUGUAAAAUAACUUUUGUCAUGUUUUACAUGGGUAAACCAAUUCAGACUGAUCAAACUAAUCUGGGCUAUGCACAUGUAAACAAAUGUUAUAUGUAUAGAUGUUUUAAAUGUUUCUCUGAUGCAAUGGUUUUUCAAGAAUCUUCCCUUUAAGCAUUCUGAUUUACUCUCUGUUGAAAUUUAAAUGCCAAAGUUGUUGUGUACACAUACUAAUGAUUCAAAUGAACUGUUGGACUCGAUAGACUGUGAUAAGAUUGUAAAAUGAAGCAUAAUUUAGCAGAACCUUUGUGCUUUUUUGGAUAAUAUGUUACUUGGAUGACAUCUGAUGUCCUUGUUUUACAGCAUGAUGGGAACAACCACUUAUUUAUUAUAUGUUACUGGAACACAUACAAAUUUAUCUUAGUCUGGCUUAAAGGGAAACUCCACCCAAAAAUGAAAACUUUGUCAAUAAUCACUUACCACCAUGUUGUUCCAAACCUGUAAAAGCUUUUUUCAUCUUCAGAACACAAUUUAAGAUAUUUCGGAUGAAAACCGGGAGGCUUGUGACUGUCCCAUAAACUGCCAAGUAAAAUACAGGUUCAAGGUUUAGAAAAGUCAAUCUGCCAUCAGUGUUUCCACCCUAACGUUAUGAAGUGACGAGAAUACUUUUUGUACGUGAAAUUUUUAUUUUAUUUAUUUAUUCAACAAUUUGUAUCCUCUGUGUGUCUCCGCAUCACCGUAGAGCCAUUUUGGAGAAUAUCUGCUGAAUGCAAGCAGCUUAUGCUAUUCUGUGUCAAGGAUACAUUUCUAUGUAUAUUUACACUUUGAUUUGAACGAAAACAGCGCAUCUGUGCAACUCGACUGACUCAAAAUAGCAUACGCUGCUUGUGUUCAGCGGAUAUUCUCCAAAAUGGCGCUACAAUGAUGCGGAGACAGAGGAUACAAAUUGUUGAAUAAAGUCAUUAUUUAAGUUUUAUUCACGUACAAAAAGUAUUCUCGUCCCAAUCAUUAUGUUACAAUUUAAACACUGAUGACAGAUGGACUAUUCUGUCGAUGUCUUUCUUACUUUUCUGGACCUUGAUAGUGUAAUUUACUUGUGUACUAGUGUAAUGGGACUUUCAAAAACCUCCCGGUUUUAAUUGAAAAAAUCUUAAAUUGUGUUGUGAAGACGAACUAAGCUUUAAUGGGUUUGGAACUAAAUGGAGGUAGGUGAUUAAUGAUAAAAUUUUCAUUUUGGGAUGGGGCAUCCUGUUAAUGCAUGGUUCACAAGGCUAUUACUGGCUAAACAAGUUGGACAUUGUGUGUUCUUUAAAGGCGAACAUGGAUAUCUAGCUCUGUUGACUUGCUGGUGUAACCUGAGAUCUGACUAACAAAUCUCAUUACGAAUGGCACUGAUGUAUUAAAAAAAAAAUCAGUUUGGCUGGUUCACAAUUACAAGUGUCUGGAAAUACCUGUGUGCCACCAUAACUUUGUCAAGCAUCACUGUUUCAAUUUAUAUGCUCUAUGCAGUUCUGCACAGUAGCAUCUUCUAAGUGUAAUGUGAUCAAUUCUAUAAGCUGGCAAAGACAAACUUGUUUCCCAAAACAAGAAUUAAUUUAUAAAAUAGGCACUUCUGCAACUGGUAUCAUGAACAUACAAUGUCAAUUAUUGUACUGCUUUAACCUUAAUUAUAUUAAAUUUGUAAAUUAAUUUGAAGUAUUAUUACAAUUCAACAUGUACAUAUUCUUAAGCAACAUUAUAUGGCUCCUGGCAAACUUACUGUAAUAACCCUGCUUGUCAUAUUGGCACUUCACUGAUACAAUUAAAAGACUUACAAACCAA